CUCCUCACAGGCCUACAGCUACACUAGAGAGGAGUACUCCACUGCCCGUAUCAAAACCACCACUGCCUGCUGCUUAGAUCUCGCUCCGCGCGCUAUUCACGGGAAUGCCACUGCCCUCGCCGCCGUCUCGCCGUCCCGCCGCCGCCGCCGCCCAGUGACCCGCGCGCGCCCCGGCGAUGGCGCGCCCCCGCCCGCGCCGCCCGGCGCCGGCGAGGUCCCCCGACCCAGCCGCCACAACGCCGCGCCAGGCGGCGCCCGGCUCCCGCCACCGGACGCCGCGCCGCGGUGGCCGUGGCCGGCUGCUCGUCCAGAGCCCCUCCCUCGCCUCCGCGCGCCGCGCGGCGGCGGCGGCGGCGCCGUUGCCGGUGGCCCCGCCCCCGGACACCCCGCCUCUGCGGUGGCCCGCGGCCCGCGGCGGGGACGCCGUCGCGCCGUGCGGUGCCGGAGCGGGCGCGGGCGCGUCGGUGAGGAAGAUUGCGGCGGCUCUCUGGCGCGUGCAUCCGCCGCAGGCGCCGCCGCCGACGGAGUCCCGGGAGGCGCCGCGCCGACGGUUCGAGCCUAGCCCAAAGCAACCGCAUACGCCUGAUCGUUGUAAUUAUUAUAAAGCGCUUCUUGAAGGUAGGACAGGAAGUAAGCCUCUUGGCAACGACAUCAUUCAGGAGGUGGGAGCUUACUCUCCAUCCCCUCGAAUUGAAAUGGAGGUGGCAACAAAGUGGGACCGUCGGGGCCUCAACAAUUUGAGGGGUACUGAUGGUGCUUUGUGUGACCGUUAUCCGGUAUCUGCCGAUGCAGAAAUCUCUGCGUUAAAGGCAGAGCUUUUGCAGGCCCACAACCGGAUCCAUGAGCUUGAAGCUGAGAGUCGAUCUGCAAAGAAGAAGCUUGAUCACCUGGUGAGGAACCUUGCUGAGGAAAAGGCAUCCUGGAGGAGCAAGGAGAAUGAUAAGGUUAGAAACAUCUUAGAUGCUGUUAAAGAGGAACUGAACCGGGAGAGGAAAAAUCGUCAAAGGGCAGAAAUCAUGAAUUCCAAGUUGGUCAGUGAGCUAUCUGAGUUGAAAUCAGCAGCGAAGCGAUAUUUGCAAGAUUAUGAAAAGGAACGGAAGGCUAGGGAGUUAAUGGAGGAGGUUUGUGACGAAUUAGCGAAGGAGAUUGCGGAAGACAAAGCUGAGGUUGAGGCCCUGAAGAGUGAAUCAAUGAAGAUGAGAGAUGAGGUGGAGGAAGAAAAGAAGAUGUUGCAGAUGGCAGAGGUUUGGCGUGAAGAGAGGGUACAGAUGAAGCUUGUUGAUGCAAAGCUGACACUGGACAGCAAGUAUUCACAGCUAAGCAAGCUUCAGUCUGACCUUGAGUCUUUCCUCAGUUUCCACCAAGGCAACGGUGUGAACAAAGAAGCAUUAAGAGAUGGAGAAAGGCUCAGGGAAGCAAUUUGCUCCAUGAAGUUUCAUGACAUCAAAGAGUUCUCUUACAAACCACCACCUCCUUCAGAGGACAUUUUUGCUGUGUUCGAGGAACUCAGAGAGAGGGAUGAUGCUAAUGAGAAGGAGAUUGGGCAGUGUAAUGGAGGUACCCCCAAGAGGCAUGCAACGAAGAUCCAUACAGUUAGUCCGGAAACAGACAUCUUCUUGGAAAAACCAUUGAACAAAUAUUCCAAUCAACUGUGUGAUAGAAAUGAGGAGGAAGAUGAUAGUGGAUGGGAGACUGUCAGCCAUGUUGAUGAGCAGGGCUCUAGCAAUUCACCGGAUGGAAGCGAACCAUCGGUAAAUGGGUUUUGUGGUGGAAAUGAUGCAUCGGUGAGUGGAACAGAUUGGGAUGACAACAGGUCAAAUAGCGAGAUCAGUGAAGUCUGUUCAACAACAGCAGAGAAGUACCGGAAGAAGGGGUCUUCAUUUGGCAGACUGUGGAGAUCGUCGAAUGGUGAUGGCCAUAAGAAGACGGGAUCCGAGUUACUGAACGGCAGGCUCUCAAGCGGUCGAAUGUCAAAUGCUGCACUUUCUCCUAGCUUGAAGAACGGAGAAGUGUGCACAGUUUCACCAAGCGUCGGAGAAUGGAGUCCAGACCUGCUAAACCCUCAUGUGGUUCGUGCCAUGAAAGGAUGCAUAGAGUGGCCCCGGGGCGCGCAGAAACAGAACACGCAUAACCUCAAGUCCAAACUUCUGGAGGCAAAGCUCGACGGGCAUAAGGUCCAGCUGCGUCAGGCACUGAAGCAGAAGAUAUAAGCAAUGCCGAAUCAAGCAAUCUCAUGUGUUCAGUGGUUCAGAAGGAGAACAUUUCCAUGCCUGAUGGACGGUGUAUCCUCUUCUGGAGCAGGCAGGCACCCUACCGGGUAUAUGGUAGAGGAGGAAGUGUUGCAGCACUGAUCCUCAAAGGGGGUGCUAUCGGUGGCUGUAACUAAUUGAUGAUCCGAUAGCACAUUAGCUUGUUUAGAAGAAUCAGGUGCUCCAUGUAAUCAAAUGUAAAACUAGUAAUUUCAAUCAAAUGCAUUAUUCAACCAUGUUUAUUACUACUACUAACUUCUUGGGCUACAUACACCUCUCAUGUGAUUCAGAUAUGUAGCAUGGCUAUGUUAAUUAUACUCCUUGAUGAUAUAUGUCAGGUGAACCAAACCGAUCAAUUUGCAUGAUGGAUGUGGCCAUCUAUUGCAGGGAGCUCAUCAUCACUCUCCGUAAGUUCCCACCGGAAGGAAUGAUAAGCCUUCGGGUGGCAACUUGGGCAGGGGGGGUCCAGGAGGUUUACACUUGCUCAACCACAAUGAUGCGUAGGAUGGUCUGGUUCGCCACGCUUGCGAGCGAUGUCGCCUCCGUGAACGGCACGAAGAAUGCGUGACAACUCUCACAGGCGUGCUGCUCAUGACGUUCUCCGUUGCCGAGAGCGUGUUUGCAUGGCCAGGCGUGGUGGAUGAGCUGAGCCGAGUCGCCGCCUCGCCGGUUUGACGCUCAAAAAUCUACGUCGUCGUUGCUGCUUGCAAUCCUCGUCACUGGCUGCAUUGGCUCUGGUACUUGCAUAGCAUUGCACAAUCCUCGUCACCAUCACUCUGCAACAGCUGCUUGUUCUGGUACUUGCAUAGCCAGCAAAGAUAAGCUUUCUUUUCCACCAAGUGUCUGCCACUGCGUACAGUAUAAUUAAAAGCACAACAAAUCGCAGGCAAAAGCACUCUUCA